AUCUAUUGUUUUCCUUUUGGUUUCCUCAAGACAUAUUCGAUAGUCGAUAGAUAUAUUGUGUUUUCAAAGUUGGAGUAGUUCCCGUCAGGUAAAAACAAUCGAGCCAGCCACCGCCACAUGACUGAGAAUAACCCCAAAACCCAUUACCCUUCUUCGGGUGGGAUUCCCAGUCCCAGUGAUGAUGGCCCAAAAAAGCUUCCAGGGAAGCAGAAGAUGCAUUUCAACCCGCCAGAGAAAGAGAUUCCGGACGCGGCCACUCUGAGGGAUCAAUGGAGGUAUGCCAUUAGGCAGUACAGUAAAUGGUACUCUCACGCUUGGGGCACUGCCAUUCUCGCUGGCACCGCCUUCUUCGCCCUCGGCUGGUUCAUCAAAGGAGAGAACCCCAUACCCUCUUUCAACUCUAACAAAGACAAAGACAAAGACAAAGACAAUCACAAUUCUCACCCCUGAUGUCAUGUGCCCUUCACUUCUUUUCAGGUACCAUUCACUGGAAUCAAGCCACACAAGAUCUGCUUUUGGUUGACAAUGCCCUGGCACCUUGCUUGCAAUGGUCUAAUAAGGAAUUUUGAUGUUUAUAAAGUCUCGUGACACAGUGGUUAUUUUGCUUCUCUUGAACUAGUUUCUGUCGCUGUUUCGAUAUGGAUGUAAGGCAAAAGAUUAUGUAUAUUCGAAUGCUUUCGGCAUGGAAUGGAUGUAAGGAUAAAGAUUGUACAUAUUCAAAUGCUUCAUCCCAACUUGUAAUUUAUGGGUGAUUAUGGUCCA